GUUGAUGCAAGUUUCAUACGACAACAUAUUUACUUCCACCAGGACAAGUUCAUGUGCCCCUACGAGAGUUGCAUUUCAGAUACGGUUUUCAAUAAUUUUCACAACCUUACUAUUCACAUUAAAAAGUCACACUUGAGCAGUUCUGGCAGAAAAACGACAAAAAAGCCAAUUACUAAAAACAGAAAAAAUGAUUCAUUUGCGGAUAUGGAAGAAAUGGUAUGCAAUGUUUGUUUCAAAAGUUUUACCUCCAAAGCUUCCUAUAAGGUUCACAACAAGAACCAUUAUGCAGAUCGUCGGCACCAAUGUACCAUGUGUCCAAAAUCUUUCAUCCAGAAGUCGGAUUUGGUCGUUCACCUGCGAUCGCACACGGAUGAACGGCCGUUUCUUUGCACAGUGACUGGCUGCGAUAAACGCUUCCGCACGUCCAGCCACAGACGAGACCACAUGUCUACUCACGCCGAAGAGAAAAACUUCGGUUGUGAAGUAUGUCACAAAUAUUUCAAAGCCGAGCGUAUUCUACAGGGUCACAUGAGGUUGCACACCGGUCUGAAACCAUUCGUGUGUGAACAAUGUGGGAAAGGCUUCAGUCGAAAGCACCACCUGAAGCUUCACAUGAAAACUCACGUUAAAAAGCUCGAGUGACACUCUGAAGUAAGUUUUUUAGAUACCUUAUUCUAAAGAUAUGAAUAAAAACAUUUAAAGUGAA